UCGGAAAAGCGAGACAUGCUGAAGGGAGCGACUGACCGUGAUCGUCGGCAGCAGCGCAGCGGGAGAGGACGCGGUGAGCUUGUACCCGGGUACGUUCUGAUGUCGGGAACUCGUUCGAUCCGAUGACACGUGAAGCAGCAGGAAAAACACGCGAUUGUCAAGUUCCAGACAGUGGAUGCGCGCUCUGGAUCCACGCGGGAGAAGACAGGAUGAACUGAGACAUUGCGCGCAAGCGGGUGCCACGGGCAGGCGCGAAGGUUUGACCUCUGCGGGGAUCAUUUCUGUGAUUAAUCAUUUGGCGAGGACAUGUCAAUGAAGAAUGUGACCGCGCCUGAUUCUCUCCGAACGGGGUGGAUGAAGCCCUCGGCGGUGACAUGCGUCUUGCCCCGCAGCCAAGCGCGCAACCCCUGCGGCUCCUAGUUGUGCUCCUCCUCGCCACGGGGGUGACCGCGUCCCCGGUGAUCUCCGCCGGCUGCCCGGACAGGUGCGUGUGUGACGACCAGCUGGUGGUUCAGUGCGCCGGGCAACACCUGACCACCUUCCCGGUCAACUUGCCGCUGGCCACGCGGCAGCUCAUCAUCUCUAACAACCGCAUCGUGGAGCUGCCGCCGCUGUCGCUCAACUACCUCUCGGACCUGGUGUACCUGGACUGCAGCAACAACUCCCUGACCGAGAUAUCGGAGUCCACGUUUGGGAACCUGCGCAAGCUGGCCUACCUGGACCUCUCCUUCAACACCCUGACCCGAAUCGAGGACCGGACGUUCGGGCCCUUGGCGAGUCUGGUGAUGCUGAGGAUGACGGACAACCCGGGGCUCUCGGAGAUCCACCCGGACACCUUUUCGGAGAACGCAGCGCUCCAGGUUCUGGACGUGAGCAGGAACAACCUGACGGUGCUCAACAUCACCUCCCUGAUCUCUAUGCCCUCCCUGCGCUCCGUGGGGCUCAGCGGGAACCCGUGGAGCUGCGAGUGCGACAACGAGGACCUGUGUCUGUGGGUCCACCUGGAGGGCUUCAAGUUCCAAGAUGAGGGCCAGACGGUGUGCGGCUCACCUGCCGACAUGCAGGGCCGUCGGCUGGGUGACGUGGGCAUCCAGCUGCGGACGUUAUGUCACCAGACUCUGGGCUCCUGGGACUACCUUUUCUUUAUCGCCAUCGGCUUCGUCAUCUUUGCUGCCGGCACCGUGUCGGCCUGGGUGAUGGGCGUCAUAAUGGUGCUCUACGAGCGCUACAUCAAGAAAAAAGAUGAACGGCUCGAAGUGGACGAGGAGGCGGAGGAAGAAACCAGCGAGACGGGCCACACCUCGCGGGCCAGGAGUGACCAUGGCAACGGGAAUUUAAAAACCUUACACAAUGUUUAAAAGAUGACGCCAUGGAUACCCACAGUGCCUCCUGUCAACUUCCAGGACAGUCUGUGAAGUCCAAUUAAAGCCCAGAGUCUGUUUAACAGGCUCCGCUCUGAGAGAGAGGAGAGAGGACUCGUCAGAUAGAGGGAAUGUCAUUCUGCUCAUCUGUAGUGGGCUUUCAGGUGAUGUAACGCACUCUGGCUGCCAUAAUGGAGGUCUGUGAAACAUUUGAGUGGGAAGUGGUCAUCCCUGCAGAAAGAAAUCAGUAAAGGUGGUUAUCAUUGCUCUGAUGAAAUAACAGGCUGGUUUAACAUGAGAUAUUUAGAAAUAUCAUUCCGGUUUAUGUACUAGAGGUAGUGGUCUCAUUUCCCACCUUAAGAAACUAUUUUGACAUUUGCGAAGAUUAGUUUUCUUGUCAAGAGUAAAAUAAGAAGAUCAAAACCACUCUGUCUAAAAAUAUUGAAUCAAUCAAAUUUUAUUUGUAUAGCCCAUAUUCACAAAUCACUAUUUGCCUCAGAGGGCUUAAGGAGCAACAUCCCUCUGUUCUUAACCCCCAACAAGAGAGAGAGAAAACUACCAAAACAGAGAAAAAGUGUAGAAACCCAGAGAGAGUCACAUGUGAGGGAUCCCUCUCCCAGGACAGACUGAAGUGCGGAGGAAAGGGAAGCAUGUGGCAUGUCCCCCGACAAUCUAGGCCGAUAGCAACAUAAUUAAGAUCGAGAUCAAUCUGUCGAGACAAAAAACAUGAAGCAGCAACUGUCACUCAGCUUACACUGGAAAAUAAAACUGUUUACCAAUUUAAAAACAGAAAUCAAUCAUUUAUUCUAUAAUUUGUUCAUUUAAAUUUGUACUAACUUAAUUAAUUUGUGUGUCACCAGAUGAAGUCAUUUCUUUUACGUUGGUCCAACCAUGUUCUGUUUUUCAGUGUAAUGUAAAGUGUGGAAAACAGGCAGGAACAACCAGCCUGGCUCUGUGCUGAGGUAACAAAAUCCUCCUGCCAGCUGUUUCUCCAUGUUUCCAGCUUCUGCGUGACACCAUGUAAAGUUCGCUCGCUGUAGCCUAACAGACAAAUAUGAGACUGGGGUCAUUCUCCACACAUCUGACGCUUUGCAGGAAGAAAUAAAUAGGAGCAGUUUCCAAAAUGUCAAACUUUUUUCUUCAACCGCCAUGUGGGUCCAGCCAAGAGCAGCAAAGGAACAGCAGGGCUCAGACCACCAACCCACAUAAACUGGUGUGAACUGUUCGUUUUUCCAAAAGAUUAUGCCAAAAGGAAAAAAUCUAAUUACUCUGCACAAGAAACCAUUGUUACUUUUUGCGACCAUAGGGCCUUUUCCUAAAAUUAUAGGUCAGGAAAGACUGGAGUCAACUAUUUCCCCCAUAUAUGUGAGGCAUAUGUGGAAUAAUCGAUUUUAUCCAAUUUCCAAAAUAUUUUGAUCUUAAAAUAUUACAAAUCGGAUGCUAAUUAAUCAAAAUCAAGUGUAUUUCUAGAGCCCACUCAUGAAGCAGUGUUUUCACACAAAAAAAUUCACCCGUAGACCUCCAUGAUGGCACCAAGCAUGGUCAGAGAAUUGUGACGCAGCUUCACAACAUCUUUGUUAAACUUAAAGUGUUGUUCUCAUUCUGCUCAUUCGUAUGAAAGGUGUGGAUUAAAUGCAUUUAUAUAAUCCAUUUAUGUCCCUGUAGAUGAGUCAAAGUCAGAGUGUGUGAUGUAGCUUUGUGUGUGGCUGAGCUUUUGCCGACACCAGUGUGACAAUCUGUGCUCCGACAUGUGUGCGGUUUUGUGGUGACAGUUCAACCUCCCCUCAGUUACUCUCUCACGAAGAUGCAGUCAAGGUGUAUGUGCGGAGGAACCACAGUAUUUACCAAGUGGAGAGCCAACAUGUGCCAUCUGCUGAGGUCUGCUUUGGCAGCGGGCCCCAUGCUGGAUGGCAAGUUAUCGGGACUGUGCGAUAAUUGAUUUAGGCCUCUCUGUGUCUGUGUUGGGUUGCUAGUUUGAGUGCAGUGCCCUGUCUGUCUGUGUCUGCAUGCACUGUUGAUGCACCGAAAAGCCUUAUGAGAUGUGUAUAAACUGUGAGACCGACCCGUUCAUGUAAGUAAAUAAAGAAAAGGAACAUAUGGCAAUAUACAAAAGAUCUAUAAAUGUAUAAUUUUUGUAUUUUUGGAAGAAAUAUGAAAAGUGUAAAGUAAAUCCCAGUUUUAUUCAUUCAUUCAUUUGAUUUACCAGGAUUUACAGCAAUAAGACAGUUCAGGAAGGAAUUUGUUCCUUGAAUAGCUCAAAUAACCAAAUUUCACACACACAGAUGUCAGUCCACUAAAUUUACCAGAUUUUUCCCAUUGAGGAAUUAACAGAAAUGUCAAUAAAUUUCCCAUCUCGCAACGGUAAAGAAAGUGGAAAAACCUUCUUGAAUGAAUCCACUCCGAAAGUUAAGUUGUCCUUUUUCGGCCCAUACCUCACCCUUCCACCAAAACUCAAUAAAAUCCAGUUUUGUACUUUUUGUUUAAUCGUCCUAAAGACAGUGAUGAAAACAUAAAACUCUUGGUGGAGGUAAACAUCAUUCAGUUGUGAUAUCAGCCCCUGCUGUGUGUGAGGUUUUUCUGCAUUUUUGCUUGUUUUUAUCUGGAUGUACCACUUCACUGACCAUGACACUGACUGUUAUGAACUGAAAAUGUUUCAGGAAAGAACAAAACUCUUGUUGGAUAAGGGAAGUCCAAAGGUGGCUACACUUAAAUGCUAUCGCGUGUGUGUCUGUGCGCGUGUCUGUGUGCAAUUGGUUGUGUAUCAGAAUAAUUUACUUGAUUUGAGAACACAGAAGAACCUUUUGGGGACCUGAGAACGAGGGCAUUCUCUUAAAAUUGUUUGUGCCAGCAGUUGUUCCCCUCCUUUUGUGCUGUGCAUAUUUGACUUGACACACGUUUUACUCUGAAACUGUUUGCAUUGUAAAGCUUGGAUGUAUGCAUGUCCAAGCUACUGUUGAAACUGUGCUCGCAAAGGGAAACGGACCCUUUUCACCGAGGACAUUUUGACAUACUGCAGUUAGACAAGCACAGGUGUAAAUAAUGGAUUUGGCUGUGUCUGAGAUCCAUGUAACUGCUUCACUUUCAGAGUCCCAGUGUUGUGCAUGCAUGGGACGCACAAAGAUUGGAGGCAUUAUUCAUUUCUUUUUGUAAAACAUGUGCAGGCAAAGAAAAAGCUCUUAUACUGGUAUUAUGCGACUUUUACCUAUUAAACUUUUGGACUGUGCGUAA